AGGAACAGAUUCGCAGCAGAGACCAGCUGAUCUUGAGUAAACGGCUCAAGGUGGAAACUUUAGAGGAUGCAGAAGCAACGCUUUCAAGAGAAGAGGAACUAGAGAAGAUCACACAAGCGACCAAGUUUCUGAAACAGAGUAAAAAUGUGGAAGCUCUAACUGUGCUUCGGAAAUGCUUUGCUAGAGAUCCUGAGAAUGCCAGGAUCUUUCUCAGACUUGAAGGCUUGCAAGCUUUGCAGAGCUGCCUCUUGUCAACUGAUUCAGCAGUCUUGCAUGCAGCGGCAUGGUGUGCCAUCAAUCUAACGGCAGCAACUUCUUUGAGUUUGAGAAGCAUGAUGCAUUUAACUCCCCUUCUGAUUCAGUUCCUGCAAGGUUCUGAUCCACACAUGCAGGAGCUGUGUGCUUGGGCUGUUGGAAAUCUGGCUGGAGAUUCCAGUAAACAUCGGAACCUACUUCUCCAACAAGGUUGCAUACCUGCACUGGUUGCCUUGCUUUCCUCGCCGAAUUACCUGACCUUUGAAGCAAGGUCACAGAGUGUGCUGUUUGCUCUCAGUAACCUGGCCAGAGAUGACUAUGUCUGCAUCAGAUGUAUGCUGGAUCACUGCAUUUUUACUCACCUGAAUCUGUUACUUCAAACAGUGGAUGCAGCUAGUGACCUGUGCUUUGAGAUUGGCUGUUUAACCAACUUUAUUUACUCCAGGAAAGAGAGCUUUAUAGAGCAUGCGGACCAGUUCCACCGCAUCCUGAAGUCUGUUGUAGCCAAACUGUCCCAGGUGAUCCAGCUGGAGAGCAGGGUUCAACAAGAGAAGGUAGUUCUGCCCUAUCUGCAUGGCCUAGGAAAUAUGAUAGGUUUGGAUCCUGACAUAGCUCUGGCAGCUAGUGACAACUCCAACUUCCUACCCACAGUCUUCUCUUGUCUCACAAGCAACACCGAAUUCAUACAGAAGGAAGCCUUGUGGAUUUUGGUAAAUUUUAUGGCUGAGCCAAGUUGUCGUGUGCUGGUCAUGUGUCAGGCUUGUUUUCUCAACAUAGUCUUUCAACUGUGUCGGUCCAGUGAUGAGAGCAUGGCAUUUAAUGCCUUGUAUCUAUUGGGUGCCUCAUCAAAAGUGUCUGCAUGGAUGUGUCAGUUCCUGGUUAAACACCAGGCCGUGAGUUUACUGGUUUCCUUGCUGGCUGAUCCAAAGCUGAACAUUGUGGAGGCAGCACUAGACAUUCUGGUUGACUUUGUUUCGGCAACCGAGCAGGGAAUGAUGUCAUUUGUGGCUUCUGGUGGACUGGCUCAACUACAGGCACUAGCUCUACAGGAAAGUAGUUGCCAGAUCAAGGAAACAGUCCGCAAGAUCAUCCAUUUAGUACAGCUGCAGGAGGUCUCUUGA